AUGGGAGACGGUUACUUGCGUAGUCUACGCAAGGCCACCAAAAUCGAUGGUAGCUCGCAAGUAAUUAACGGUAGCGUUAUCGAUGGCAAGAGAACUGGCUCAGUCGGAAAACAUAGCCUUGAGGGUGGUUCUGUCAAAAACAACAGCAAACUCGCCAACGGAAAUAUGGACCCAAAGAGCUUUAUUGCGUUCUUCUGUAGGGACCGUUGA